AUGUUUGGUGCCAAUGUUGAGGACGCCGGAGGUAUGCGGUUUCUUGGACCUGAGAUAAAGUCCCGGCUCAAUGCUAGCCUGUUAUGCUUCAAGUUCGCUUAUCCCCCAGUAUCCUUUUCUCGAUGGAGGUACCCCAGUACUGUUGAUAUAAAUUAUGUUUGUUCGGCAAACCUAAGGAACAAGGGUAGUGGUCACUCCGCUGUAAACAUGUCCGUCUCUCGUCCCGAGUAUCAUGGAUUCAAGUCUCUAUGA